UCAAUGGUUUCGUGUGUUAAUAACAAACAACUCUAUAAGAAACUCUAAAGAAAAAUAUACCCUUCUCAAAAUGAAAACAAAAUCCUCUCGAAGCCACAGUCUGGCCAGUGCUUUGAGCUCUGCAGGAACAAUUGCACUGGUGGUUAUCCUGAUGAGUCCACAAUGUCAGCUCCAGAGGGUGGAGGUGCCAGCUGAAGUAAUAGUUGAUCCCAAAUUUAGUUCUCCAAUUGUGAAUAUGACAGCGCCCGUGGGACGUGAUGCCUUCCUCACGUGCGUCGUCCAGGACCUCGGACCGUACAAGGUGGCGUGGCUUCGUGUCGACACCCAAACUAUCCUAACGAUUCAAAAUCAUGUUAUAACCAAAAACCAACGCAUUGGCAUUGCCAACUCCGAGCACAAGACUUGGACCAUGCGUAUAAGGGACAUCAAGGAGUCGGAUAAAGGCUGGUACAUGUGCCAAAUUAACACGGAUCCGAUGAAGAGCCAAAUGGGUUACCUGGACGUUGUCGUACCGCCGGAUAUCCUAGAUUAUCCUACAAGCACGGACAUGGUCGUUCGCGAAGGCAGUAACGUGACGCUCAAAUGCGCUGCUACCGGUUCACCAGAGCCGACAAUUACAUGGCGACGUGAAAGUGGAGUGCCCAUCGAGCUGGCCAGCGGCGAGGAAGUUCCUAGUGUCGAGGGCACAGAUUUAAUAAUACCAAAUGUAAAGAGACAACAUAUGGGUGCUUACCUGUGCAUAGCUUCCAAUGGAGUUCCACCUUCCGUGAGCAAAAGGAUAACCCUGGUUGUGCAUUUUCCACCGAUGAUCACUGUACAAAACCAAUUGAUCGGCGCCGUAGAGGGUAAAGGCGUUACUUUGGAGUGUGAGUCGGAGGCCUAUCCCAAGUCUAUUAAUUAUUGGACAAGGGAACGUGGAGAGAUUGUGCCGCCAGGUGGCAAAUACUCGUCGAAUGUUACCGAAAUUGGCAACUAUCGCAAUUCGAUGAGGCUCCACAUAAAUCCUCUGUCGCAGUCGGAAUUCGGGGCUUAUCGGUGUGUGGCAAAGAACUCGCUGGGCGAUACCGAUGGCACCAUUAAGCUAUAUAGAAUACCGCCAAAUGCAGUCAACUAUGUGGAGAACUUUGAGGCGAGGCAUAAAGGCAAGAAGCGAACGAAAAGCUCGGAAUCGCAUCAUCCGGCCAGGGCCCAGGAGCACAGCGGCGAGGAUAUGGAAAAUCCCGGAAAAAGAAAAGCCGAUUUGAGCCUGAGUGCAGAGAGCAUUGACAGCAUGUACGGGUCCUCGGCAGCCAGGACUUGGCGGCAGGACCUCGACGGACUCCUGCCACUGCUCCUGGCCACGGCAAUGGCAGUGGGAACGAUGCGGAUGCAGAGCACCCAGAUGACACGCCUGCCGCAGACACUGACGCAUGUUUGACACAGACGCGGAGUUGACACGGACUUCGGCAUGGACAUGGAGUUAGAAUUGGAGUUGGAGUCUGAUCUGAUCUUGGAACCGGAGCCAAAGCUGCAGUCUGCGGCCAUGGCAGUGACUGUGCGAUGAUGAUUGAGUUUGUCAAUGCCAAAUGCUACUUGGCGCUGAUUUAUGGCUCGUUGCGGCUGCUUUUAGCUAAGGAUUGUCAGCGCGAAAUCACAACAUACACACACAUACCAUAUAUCAAAUCGAUGUAGCUAGUAAGUCAACCAGGCUUCCUUCCUCGUAUGUAACUCCCCCUGAACGCGUGCAUGUUGAGCUGUUGAUUCUAGAGACUAAGUUCCUUGUGUCCCUGUAAAAUAUCACUGUACGCAAAUCGAUGACGGCACAUGUAUAUAGAAUGUAUCGCAAGGUUUUUUUGUAUUUCUCUAGCGGGUUAAGGGCGAACGGUUAUGUAUUAUAACACUUGUAUAAACCAGAUCUGGGCGUUAUGUAAGAGACUGUAUGUGUGCAAAGUAACAUUUAAUUGCCAUUUGAAACGAAGCUAAAAUGUUAUAGUUGUCAACAGGGUUAAAACGAAUAUAUAAAACUAGUUGGUAAGCAAAGGCUGGAGGGGUAAGGACACAGAUUGGGAGCAGAAGUCGUGGAGCAGAGUCAAAGAGAAUUAAAUAUCCGCCAAAUGCUCAGAAAUGAAAUAUUACAUAUUUAUAAAUCCUGCAAAAAAAAUCUAGCAAAGCUCAAUUGUUCUCCGUUACCGCGCUUAAUGGCUCCUGAAAUCUUCUGAACCCUUUCCAAAAGUUAAAAACAAUACUUAAGUCGCAUUACAAAAAAUACAUAUCAUUUAUUAAACAUACUAAGCACAUUAAAUAAUAUUUAAAAUACAAUUAACAAAUAUCUUUUCUGGCUUUCUGUUUGAUAAA